CUCCCCACAAUGGCAGAAGUGGUGGCAGAGAUGACUGAGGUGGCCAAGGUGCUGACACAGGUAUCGCCAGAGGUGGUGGAGAUGCCGAUGCAAAUGUCAGGGGAAGUGAUGGAGAUGACCCCUGGGGAGGCCCUGGCCUCGUCCCUCUUCUUCCAGCACCACCAGUUCAUGUGCUCUGAGUGUGGCAGCCUCUACAACAGCCUGGAGGACGUCCUCUCCCACCAGGAGCAGCACGUGCCCCCUACUGCUGAGGAGACCGUGCUGAGCACCCAGGACGCGGGUCUGGCACCAGCCACUGAAGAUGGGCCUUUCCAAUGUGGCGAGUGCAGCCAGCUCAUCCUCUCCCCCAGCGAGCUCCUGGCCCACCAGGACGCCCACCUCCGGGAGUCUGCGAGCCAAAUCCAGUACCAGUGUGGGGACUGCCAGGAGCUCUUCCCCUCACCUGAGCUGUGGGUGGCUCAUCGCAAAGCCCAACACCUCUCAGUGGUCCCUGCUACCUCCGAACCUCCAGCUCCGCCUCCUUCACCUACCCAGACCCCACCAUCUCCGCUUCCUCCCCCUCCGGAAAUCAAGAUGGAGCCCUAUGAGUGUCCUGAGUGCUCAGCCCUCUGCGCCACCCCAGAGGAGUUCUUGGAGCAUCAGGGCACCCAUUUUGACUCCCUGGAGAAAGAAGAGCGCAAUGGGCUGGAAGAGGAGGAGGAGGAUGAAGAAGAUGAAGACGAGACGGAGGAAGAGGAGGCGGCAGAGGUGGGCAAUGAUGCAGUGGAAGGCACCAAGUCCAUAGCCAGCCAGGCCCGGGGCUGUGGGGACUGUCCCCAGCACUGGCCUUCAACAGGGACCCACCAAAGACACCGGCGGGCAUCUCGUGGCCCCACGUCAUCUUCAUCAGUGGCCCACCCCUUCCACUGCAAUCAGUGCCAACGCAGCUUCAGCUCAGCAAACCGGCUGCUGGCUCACGGGCGGGCCCACGUGGGUGGCACCCACGAAUGCACCACCUGCUCCAAGGUCUUCAAGAAAGCCGCCUCCCUGGAGCAGCACCUGCAAUUGCAUCGAGGGGAAGCCCGCUACCUCUGUGUGGACUGCGGCCGUGGCUUCGGCACAGAACUCACCCUGGUGGCCCACCGACGGGCCCACACCGCCAACCCGCUGCACCGCUGCCGCUGUGGCAAGACUUUCAGCAACAUGACCAAGUUCCUCUACCACCGGCGCACACAUGCUGGCAAGAGCGGCACCCCACGCCCAGCAGCAUCGGCCUCCUCCCCAGCUCCUGCCGAGCCGGCACCCGCAACUCCAGCCCCGGCCCCGCCAGUCCAGCUGCCCUGCCCCCAGUGCUCCAAGUCCUUUGCCUCAACCUCCCGGCUGUCCCGGCACCGCCGUGCAGUACACGGGCCCCCUGAGAGACGGCACCGCUGUGGAGUGUGUGGCAAAGGCUUCAAGAAGCUGGUUCACGUGCGCAACCACUUGCGGACACACACGGGCGAAAGGCCUUUCCAGUGCCACUCAUGUGGCAAAACCUUUGCUUCAUUGGCCAACCUUAGCCGCCACCAGUUGACCCACACGGGCGUGCGUCCUUACCAGUGCCUGGACUGCGGCAAACGCUUCACACAGAGCUCCAACCUGCAGCAGCACCGGCGGCUACACCUUCGACCAGUUGCCUUUGCCCGCGCCCCUCGCCUCUCCAUGGCUGGACUCUACAAGAGCCCCUACUACUGCGCAACCUGUGGGCGGUGGUUCCGCGCCAUGGCUGGCCUGCGUCUACAUCAGCGGGUCCAUGCCCGAGCCCGGACUGCUGCCCUCCAGCCGCCCAGAUCCCCACCUCCCGGCCCACCUCUGCCCCCUGAGCCCCAGCAGACUAUCAUGUGUACUGAACUGGGGGAGACCAUCGCCAUCAUCGAGACGUCCCAGCCCCUGGCCCUCGAGGACACACUGCAGUUGUGUCAGGCUGCACUGGGGGCCAGCGAGGCCGGUGGACUAUUGCAGUUGGACACAACCUUUGUGUGA